CGGAGAGCGGAGAGAAAGCGCCCGCCGGAAGCAGUCCAAAGACCGGAACAUGGCGGCCGCCUGGUGUCUGCGUUGGGGCCUGAGCCGAGCCGGAACCUGGCUGCUCCCGCCGCCCACGCGCUGCUCUCGCCAGGCUCUGCACAAGCAGGUAGAUGGCACCGAGUUCCAGAGCAUCUACAGCCUGGACAAGCUCUACCCCGAAUCCAAAGGCCCGGACACCGCCUGGAGGGUCCCGGAUGGUGCGCAGCAGGCCGGCAGUGACAUUCCCCUGGAUCGCUUGACCAUCUCUUACUGUCGGAGUAGUGGCCCUGGGGGGCAGAACGUUAACAAAGUGAAUUCCAAGGCUGAAGUCAGGUUCCACUUGGCAACCGCCGACUGGAUUGCAGAGCCUGUGCGGCAGAAGAUCGCCAUCACGCAUAAAAAUAAGAUCAACAGGUCAGGAGAGCUGAUACUCACCUCUGAGAGCAGCCGCUACCAGUUCCGGAAUCUGGCAGAUUGCCUGCAGAAAAUUCGAGACAUGAUUGCCGAGGCCAGCCAGGUGCCCAAGGAGCCAUCCAAGGAAGACGCUCAACUUAAGAGACUCAGAAAACAUGAAUCGGGAAAGGCUGAGACAAAAGAGGAUCAGCUCCGCGAUAAAGACAGGCAGGAGGGUGGAUGUGGACUGAGCCCACCCUCCACAGCUGGCAGAGCCCACGCCGCAGGGCAGGCAGCCACGGCUGAGCGUUCCCCGCGUGCACGUCUGUCCUGGAGCUAGCACAGGGAUGUCCAUUCGGAAUGCGGGUUGCAGGCCCGGCUUACAAAGGUCUUUCCGGGUCCUCGCCAUGUCGGCAAAGCUUCAUUAUUCAUCUGAGGGCUGAGUAAAAUCGGAAACCCCAGCA